GUCACAUUGAGCGGGGCUGCCGCGAUACAACUAUUGAUUUCAUCUCUAUCUCUAUCUCUCUCGCCCCCUCUCUCCCUCCCUCUCUCUCUCUCUCCAUCACUUCUUAGCUUUUCUUCAAGUGCUGCAGAGAGACGCGCUGCUGCUGCAUUGUGAGGAGAGAGGAAAAAAACGCUAAAGGAAGAUCUGCGUUCCCGCGCUCGGGUGGCCGCGCGCCAGUGAACUCUGGACUCACGUACAUGAAUGAAGCGGUCAGUCAGAAGGAAACGUCACACUCUCCUGUUUGUCUCUAAACCAACCUUCAGUGAACUUAAACUCGGCCUAUAAAACUCACGUUUGAUUCCUGCAACCAUCCACAUCAGUGAAGAUGGAGGACCCGUACAGAGAAAGGACGUCUCUGGCCAAAGGCGCUCGCGACAUCGCCAAAGAGGCGAAACGGCACGCUGUAAAGAAGGUCAGUAAAGUGGUGGACCGAGCCUCGGACGAGUACGCUUCGGGACGCAACUACAGCCGCUUCGAGAACGACGAAGACGAGGGUUUGAACGAAGACGGUUUCAACUAUCGGGACGGUGGAGCUCGGCGAGACGAGGACGAGGGCUCCAGCGACGCCACCGAGGGCCACGACGACGAGGACGAGAUCUACGAGGGCGAGUACCAGGGUGUGCCGGCGGGGGGCGGGGCUUCAGGGGGGCGGGGCCAGCUGACAGCAGAUGGAGUGAAGGAUAAACGAGAGCUGGAGAAGGAGAGAGAGGCGGAUGAGGAGGAGCUGGCGCAGCAGUACGAGCUCAUCAUCCAGGAGUGUGGACACGGGCGCUUCCAGUGGCAGCUGUUCUUCGUGCUGGGCCUGGCGCUCAUGUCUGACGGCGUGGAGGUGUUCGUCGUGGGCUUCGUGCUGCCCAGCGCCGAGACCGACAUGUGUGUGCCAAACUCAGGAGCCGGGUGGCUGGGCAGUGUGGUGUAUCUGGGAAUGAUGGUGGGAGCGUUCUUCUGGGGCGGUCUGUCAGAUAAGGUGGGCCGACGGCAGUGUCUGCUGGUGUGUAUGUCAGUCAACGGCUUCUUCGCCUUCCUCUCAUCCUUCGUUCAGGGAUACGGCACCUUCCUCUUCUGCAGGAUGCUCUCGGGAUUCGGGAUUGGCGGGGCGGUUCCCAUCGUGUUCUCGUACUUUGCGGAGUGUCUGGCCCGUGAGAAGCGCGGGGAACACCUGAGCUGGCUCUGCAUGUUCUGGAUGGUGGGCGGGAUCUACGCCUCGGCCAUGGCCUGGGCCAUUAUACCACACUAUGGCUGGAGCUUCAGUAUGGGUUCAGCGUAUCAGUUCCACAGUUGGCGUGUGUUUGUGGUGGUCUGCGCGCUGCCCUGUGUCUCUGCAGUCGUUGCGCUCACGUUCAUGCCGGAGAGUCCACGCUUCUACCUGCAGAUGGGAAAACAUGACGAGGCGUGGAUGGUGCUCAAACAGAUUCAUGACACUAACAUGCGUGCGCGUGGAGAGCCGGAGAAAGUCUUCACUGUGAACCGGAUCAAGAUCCCGAAACACCUGGAUGAGCUGGUGGAGAUGCAGUCGGAGUCGGCAAACCCUGUGCUCAAAGUCUUAUUCCGGAUCAAGUGUGAACUGCACGGAAUCUGGCUCACGUUCAUGAAGUGCUGGGAUUACCCCAUCAGGGACAACACUGUGAAGUUGGCCAUCGUGUGGUUCUCGCUGUCGUUUGGUUUCUACGGUCUGUCUGUCUGGUUCCCUGACGUCAUCAAGCACCUUCAGGCGGAUGAAUACGCUUCCCGCGUGAAGAUCCACAACAACGAGAGAACCGAAGAUUUCACCUUUAAUUUCACGCUGGAGAACCAGAUCCAUAAAAACGGAGUGUUUAUCAACGACAGGUUUAUUGGGAUGAAGUUUAAGGCGGUGACUUUCAUCGACUCCAGCUUUCAGAGCUGUUACUUUGAGGACGUCAGCUCCAUCGGGUCCGUCUUCAGAAACUGCACCAUCAUAGACGGCUUCUUCUAUAACACAGAUAUCGACGACUCAAAAUUCAUCGACUCCUCUGUGAUCAACUCCACGUUUGCGCACAACAAGACCGGCUGUCAGAUGACGUUUGAUGACGACUACAGCGCGUACUGGGUGUAUUUCAUCAACUUCCUGGGAACACUGGCCGUGUUGCCUGGCAACAUCGUCUCCGCCCUCCUCAUGGAUAAAGUGGGCCGUUUGAGCAUGUUAGGUGGCUCGAUGGUGUUGUCCGGCAUCAGUUGUUUCUUCCUGUGGUUCGGCACCAGUGAGUCCAUGAUGAUCGCGAUGCUCUGCCUUUAUAACGGACUCAGUAUAUCAGCCUGGAACUCACUGGACGUGGUGACGGCCGAACUCUAUCCCACCGACAGGAGAGGAACUGGAUUCGGCUUCUGUAAUGCCAUGUGUAAACUGGCCGCCGUCUUGGGGAAUGUAAUAUUUGGUUCGUUGGUGGGAAUCACGAAAUCGAUCCCGAUCCUGUUGGCGUCGACUGUGCUGGUCGGUGGAGGCCUGGUGGGUCUGAGACUACCCGACACCCGCUCCAACGUCCUCAUGUGACCCCACUACACCUGUGACCACUGACCCCUGAGCCGCCACGGAAACACGCUCAGGGUGCAGAUGGAGCCAGCGGCUGUGAUGCGUUUGCUUUCUUUAUUAAUUCUAUUGUUUAUUUACUUUUAAACGAAUAUUAAUGAAUUUAUUUUAUUGGUUUAGCUUUUGACUUGCCCAGUUUAGAUUAAAACUAGAUCAUGAUGCCUUCGUUGCUGAAAUUCAAAUGUUAUGACGUGUCAAACCGAAACGUGUUUUAGACUGCGAGUUUGUGAGCUAAUCUGGGUUGCAAGAAUUAUUUAAAAUUAUUUAUUUCGAAAAUUCAGCAAUUUUGUUGUUAUUAUUUUUUAAUUCUUUAUUAUUUUUAGCUAAACACAAAAAAAUCAGGUGAUUUUAAUAUUUUUUUUUAUUUUUUAAAUCAAAACACUACUUAAUUACCUUGAAAUGCUCAAACAAGAGUAAAAAGGCCAUUUAGAGAUGUAGACAUUAGCGAUAACAGCUUUUAUUGGUAGCGUAGGUCCGGGUCUCCGGUGGCCUUUGCAAUACGGAGGCAAAUCCUCUCCCGUGGCCUCAUGGGAUAGUAAAGUGUCCAUCAUACGCACACUUCAGAACAGGAAGUAGUAGAUCAUCCGGGUUCUUUUUGCCCAGUCUAAUUCAGACAAACUUCUUUCGUCACAUACUGUUUUUCUCCUACUAUAUAGUAGGGAAGUAUGCGAUUUCGGAUGCAGCCAUUGUCUUAACGAGUUAGUUGUUGAAUCAUUCAGCCAAACGAUUUGUUCAAAACGGCUGAUUCGUUCAGGGACAAAGCAGAAACGAGUGAGUCAAUCAUUAGAACGAUUUGUUUAAAAAACACAGAUUCACUCAGAAUCUGUUUCUCGUGCUUUGGCUCCACUGUUUGGAACAAUAGACAAUUGUGUGUCUAAAAUGUAAGUCACCUAAUUAACUUAUUAUUGAUAGAGUUGUUCAGUAAAAUCAAUAUCACAUUUGCAAACGAGCUGAUAUUCGGUAAAACAGCACUGUCAAACGAUUAAUCGCGAUUAAUCGCAUCCAAAGAAAAGUUUGUGUUUACAUAAUUACUCUAAAAAAUGCU